AUGAGAGACAUCUGCACGACGGCGCAGCGACGAGCUGACUUGCAGGUGCACGGGGUCGUUGAAGCUGCAAUCCCCGUCUUCAAUGUCGACCCCAACUCCGCCGCCUGGGCUGCUGACCCCGACACGCUCUUCGAACGAUGUGAUGAGAGCCAAGCCCAGCAAAAGCAUCACGCCGCCCCCGACCUGCUGAUGCAUCACCUCCUCCUCGACGUCAACGGUCAUUCCGCCGCACGCUGCCGCAUGUUGGCUGGCUGGCUCAAGGAUGGCUGGCAUCCGCUUCGGCUUUGA